AAUGAGUGAAGAAAACUCUAUUCCAUUAUUCUUGUGGGAUAAAGCUAUAUUAAAGAACAAAAUAAGGAAAAUAAAAGUUAUUCAUCCACCCGAUUUAUUCUCUCUUUACGCUGUGCUGCAUCAUUUAAAGGAGAGUGAAAGAAGAUUUGUCGCCUAUUCAUUAAAUACAUCUGGAAAAAAUUUCCAACAAACGACUAAAGACGAUUUUUACGUUAAAGAAUUAAAAAAAUUAACUAAUAAAUAUGAUGAAGGAGAAGAAAAUCUAGAGGAUACCUUCAAGCCAGGCUCUAAUGUUGCCAUAUAUACGGCAAACCUACUUAAACCUAAGACAGCUCAUGAAUUAUCAAAAUGGAAAACAGCUGGUAAAAUUUUGACCAAACAAAAAAGGAAUAAGACUAUUGCCGAUAUAACUCAAGAAUUCCUGAGGCGUGUAGCUAUUAAGAAGAAUAAUGAAAAAAAUACAGAGACGGCUUCAGUUUCAUCGCUUGACGAAUUAAACCAAUUAAAAGCGGAAAAAUCUAUUGAUAGGCCUACACUUAACAACGAGGUUAUAAGUCAUAUUAAUGCAUUGAAUAAUAUCAAGCCUAUAUACACAAACAAGAAGUGGGCGAAGGGUGAUUUUGUUGACAUUGGUGGACGAAUAAAGACAAAUCUCUAG